AUGGCUACUUGUGGGCUACAAGGCUGCCUGAGGACAUUUUCUCGUUAUGUCCCAUACAGGAGGCAUGCUACCCGUACCCAUGCCACCUUACUUGAAGGUGACACCGCUGAACAUUCCAACGAGCCCCGUAAUGCCAGAAGUAAUCAGUGUUUGCCCCCGGAGGACGUUGAGGGCAAUGAGGAAGUCGAGGACAACGUGGAAGUCGUUGACCACCAGAUGCAAGAUAAUGGAGAUCUAGUAAGACCACUUGCUCUACUGUUCCUUAAGUGGAAAGAAGGAAGACGGCUUCCAGAGUCUACAUUGCACGAAAUUGUAAAUGACAUCCUCUGCUAUCUUGAAAGGUUUGCUGAGCACUGUACACUACCACAAUCUGAUGUCAAUUUGCAACUACAGCUCAAGUCCCAGUCUCUUAUUGACCUAGAACAACUCCAAACUAGUUCUGGUCGGAGUAGCUACUGGAAAGCAUGCUUUCCAUUUGUGGAGCCCGAGUGUGUGUUCUUGGGGAUAGGUAAAAGUGGGAAAAGACAGACUUUCCAGUAUGUUUCAAUCUGUAAAAUGCUCAAGUGCAUACUUGAAAACCCUGUAGCGUGGAGCGACUUCCAGAGCCAGCCCGAGGAGGAUGGUUAUUUGUCCACUGUUUUUGACGGCACAGCCCACCAUGAUCAUGCCUACUUUCAGGGUGACCGGAAGAAAAUCUGUGUUCAACUAUACAGUGAUGAGUUUGAAGUGUGCAACCCUCUUGGAAGUAAGAGAGGUAAACAUAAGCUAACAGCAGUGUAUUUCUCUGUUCUAAACUUUCCCCAAAAGGUUAGAUCCCGUUUGUCAGGGAUACACCUGGCCCUGCUGGUCAAAGACAAGUUUGUCGCUUCUUAUGGCCUGCAUAAGAUCUUUGAUCCGCUUGUACGUGACAUAGCUGAGCUCGAAAAGAAUGGCAUUAUUGUGAAUGGGGAGGUGAUCUAUGGUUCAGUACUCGCAGUGACUGGAGACAACCUCUCUAGUCAUAGGCUAGGUGGGUUUAAAUGCAGUUUUAAUCAUGGCAGAAUCUGUAGAUUUUGCUUGGCCCUUCACCAUGAGAUCGCACACAAGCAUCUUGAACAAGAUUUCGUUCAGCGGUCUCCUACAGGACACAGACAUCACCUUGACAUGUUAAGGUCAGGGGCACCGUGCAGUUCUUUGUAUGGAGUGCGAGAGCCCUGUGCCCUGAACUUCACUGGCUUUGAGCCAACAGAGCACCUGCCUCCCGACGUGAUGCACGAUUUGCUAGAAGGUGUCAUACCUUUUGUGAUGAAGCAUGUGAUUUCGCACCUCAUCUCUGGUAACUUUUUUACCCUGAGUGCGCUGAAUACAUGUAUUCUUGACUUUGACUAUGCACCGUGUGAUCUCAGAAACAAGCCUGAAGAGAUAUCCAGUGGUUACCUGAAGGGCAAGUCAAAUAUCAGGGGCAGUGCUUCCCAGAUACUCUGCUUCUUUAGACAUUUUUCUUUGUAUGUUGGGCAGUCUGUUCCAGCUGGAAAUGAGGUCUGGGCAACAUAUUUGUAG